CGAAAUAGACAGUAUUCGCAGGUUUAAAUGCGUAACCAGAAAUAAAAUAAACCUUGUAAAUCUGUUUUAAAAAUGCAAAUCUUCUAAUUCUGCGUGCACUUCACUGAAAUAUGUAACAUCGCAGCUUGCCGAUCUCUCUCGCUGAUAAAUCUAAUUUGCUCUCUUCUCCACCUUCUGUCCAGAGCUGACGAGCGCUAUUUUUUUUUCUCCGCCGCUAUCUCUCGAUUGCAUCUUGGAGCCUGAGCGUUUUCAUCGUCGCCAUCAAGAUCAUUAAUAUUUGAUCGCGGAUUCUGAUUUUUUUCUCUCGGUGGGAUAGCCAGUACAUAGGCACAACUAUGCGACGCCUAUGGAUAUUCAUUGGAACCAGACCGGUGGGGAAUGCUGUCCAAAUGGGUUCACUGAGCUUGGCAGCGGCCAUGCUCCUGGCUUCACUCCUUGUCGGAUGCCAGUGCCAGAGAAAACUCCCGUCCUCGCCUCAGCAGGCCGAAUUUAAUCGUGUUUACAGCGGCGCCGUGAGCAGGACUACAGAGAACAUCUACAGCUUCAGCUACACCUCAAGAGCCGGGCAGGUAGAUGCCAUCCGUGUCUUUGCCAGUGCAGAUUCGAAGGACUUGCACUAUCCAGUGAUAUUUGUUGUGCGUCAGCAGAAAGGUGUUUUGUCAUGGCAAGUUCCGCUUGCACUGAGAGGACUCUAUCAGAGGACAUAUAAGUACCAAGAAGUCAGCCGUACCUUGUGCCCACUGGAACCUGAGGAAGAGGAGUUAUCGGCAGAGCAUAGUCUGUUCAUUGAUGUGGCCUCCAUGGCACCAGCCAACGUGCACUACCAGCUCCUCGUCACCUGGGCAAAACAUUUCACUCUGGAGACUGGAGAAACUUUCAACUUCAGUGCAACUCCAUCCCAGCCGCAGUAUUUCUUGUACACGUUUCCUGUCAGAGUGAACUCUGUGGUGAUUCGAGUUGAGGCAGAGCAGGCACAUCCAUGUACCGUUGUGUCCGUUCAGGACAUUGUGUGCCCAGUUUAUGAUCUUGACCACAAUGUGGAGUUCAUAGGCGUGUACCAGUCUAUGACCAAGCAAGCUGCAAUCACAGUGCAGAGAAAAGAUUUUCCUGAUGGAAAAUUCUACAUUGUGUUUGUUGUCAGACCCGAGGACUAUGCUUGUGGGGGCUCUUUCACAACAGAGGAAGGUAAAGGAAACAGCAGUCAUACUGGGGAACACAGAAAGGACCUCAGAAUUACAGUUGUGCCUGCUGUUAGUGAGUCAGUAUAUAUCCAUGCCACACUUUUGUCUUUUCUUAUCUUCCUGAUGUUCUAUGGAGGAGCUCUGCUUGUUACUUUCACUCAGUAUGCGUGUGCUCACCGAUGCACCAGUGCAGAUGGAGUGUGCGGCCCUGAUGAUGAAGGAGCUAAUAUGGUGGCAGCCUUUCAUCCCAUUGACAGCAGCGGCACAGAAGAGGGUGGCUAUGGGGCAAUCGAAGAAUCAAGCUGCAGAACCCCAGCUAGUCAUUCCUCGACACCGCAAGACACAGCUCGAUGUCGAUCUUACUCUGACUCUUCAGCUGAGGAAGACAGUGACUUUGAUCCAGUUCACAAUUUUGACAUGAACAAAGAUGUUGCAAGGACCAAGACAUUCCUCUAUGUAUCAGACUUGGCUCGCAAAGACAGUAAAUCUAUCAGGAAAAAAUACCAAGUAUAUUUCUGGAACAUAUUGACCAUUUCAGUGUUUUAUGCACUCCCAGUUAUCCAGUUAGUCAUCACUUAUCAGACGGUUGUGAAUGUUACUGGCAACCAAGACAUUUGUUACUACAAUUUUCUGUGUGCUCAUCCACUUGGAGUGUUAAGUGCCUUCAAUAACAUCCUUAGCAAUGCUGGCUACAUCAUGUUGGGAUUCCUUUUCCUUCUCAUUGUCCUUCAGAGAGAUAUGACAUACAGACGCGCACUCGAAGUCAAAGACAUCUACGCCACAGAGUGUGGAAUUCCUAAACAUUUUGGCCUUUUUUAUGCCAUGGCAGUGGCACUGAUGAUGGAGGGAGUGCUUAGUGCAUGCUACCACGUUUGUCCAAACUACUCCAACUUUCAGUUUGAUACUUCCUUCCUGUACAUGAUAGCCGGCCUGUGCAUGCUGAAGCUGUAUCAGACUCGGCACCCGGACAUCAACCCCAGAGCUUAUGCCGUUUAUGCCAUUUUUGCCCUGGUGAUUUUCCUGGCAGUUCUUGGAGUGAUAUUUGGAAAGAAUGCUACAUGGUUCUGGAUCCUUUUCUCUGCUGUUCAUGUUAUUGCCUCAUUAGCUCUCAGUACACAUAUUUACUACAUGGGUCGAUUGAAAAUAGAUGUGUCAAAUGCAGAUGUCGGAGUGUUUAAGCGUAUUGCACUGGUGCUAUACACAGACUUUAUUCAACAGUGCAAUGGACCCCAAUACAUGGACAGAAUGGUUCUUCUCAUCUUAGGCAAUUUGGUGAACUGGUCUUUUGCUAUUUUUGGACUGAUAUUGAGACCUAAAGAUUUUGCUUCAUAUCUUCUUGGCAUCUUCAUUUGUAAUCUCUUGUUGUAUUUGGCUUUCUACAUCAUUAUGAAGCUCAGAAGUUUGGAGAAAAUUCGACCAAUUCCAUCAUUCUGCAUCAUCGCUACGGCAGUGCUGUGGGCAGCUGCCCUUUAUUUCUUCUUCCAGAACCUCACAAGCUGGGAGGAGACCCCUGCAGAGUCACGGGAACUGAAUCGAGACUGCAGCCUGUUGCAUUUUUUUGAUGAUCAUGACAUUUGGCACUUUCUGUCUGCUACAGCCAUGUUUUUUUCCUUCCUGGUUCUCCUGACUUUAGAUGAUGACCUGGAGUUUGUGAGAAGAGACAGAAUCCUGGUGUUUUGAUUCUACACUGACAAAGAAAUUCUGCAUUCUGAGGAGCAGGCUACAAGGCGGGCAACUCUGAAGGGAAGCCCUGAAAAGUAACAAAAAAAUUAUUAAUGCCUUCUUUGGAAAAUGAAAAGGGCAGUGCUGGUCAGUGUCACCCGUGUAAACCCUGCAGGGAGUUUACAGUGCUGGGCAGUGGCCGCUUGUGAUUUCAGCUCUAACCCUUGCUUCUCGGAAGAGUGCAUGCAAAUAAAGUAAGGUGGAGCCAUUAGAAUAAAAAAGACAAAGCUAAAAUGGUUCAUGCUGAAAUAUGGUAGUGCAGUGCUACAAAACACUAAACAUGACGAGGAGUAUAGUGUGGUUGCUUUGGGUAUUUCUGAUCUUCUGGCAAAACUGUCACAAGUGUACUUUCAAAAGUCAUACUAUCACAGAUUAAAACAAGGGAGGUUUUUGCCUUGUCAGCUUUAAAUUUUUCACAUUUUCCUGUUUCAUCCAGCCAUUCUUCCUCUUGAAUUAUAGUGUACUUCCCUCCAUGAAGAUGAUCAUUUUACAGCUUCAUUUCUCCAACUCUCGUUUUUUUCAAGCCAAAAAUAGCUCAGCAAUUAGUGCUUACCUCCUUGUUGUGCAUCUUGAAACAACAACACCACCUGUUUGCAGGGAAGUCUUAUCUCAGCUGAAGUGACUUGUGGGUUUUCUUAACAGCUCAGCAAAUGAUCCUGGCAGUUGUGACGGAAAUCUUGGUUGGUCUAUCUAUCUGUGGCCUGCUAACAACAGAACCCCUAACUUUCCAGUUUUUUCUAUCAGAGUCUGAACACUACUGACAGGCAUUUUCAUAUCUCUGGAUAUCUUUUUAUAUCCUUUCCCUGAUUUAUACAAAUCAACAACCUUUUGUUGCACCUCCUUUGACAUUUAUUUUGCUUUCCCCAUGGCUUGGUAUCCAGCAAAGUCAGUGCAGCUCUGCAUGAAUUUAAUUUGACUAUGUAUACACACGCACUGAUUACAAUCUAAUAGGUUACAGUUAUGGACACUCUCCCUUCAUUACCCAUCAUUUGAACCUGUGUGUGCCAACUUGUGUUUAAAUUAUCAGCCCAAACAUUCAAGGGUAUGUAAACUUUUGAUCAGGCCCAUUUGGGUGAUUUCUGUUAUCAUUAUGAUUUAAAAAGGGCUCCGACAAUUAUGUAUUAAUCAGUUGCCUUGCCUGAGCACACUCCCUAAUUAAAAAGAAGCUCUCUGCAUGAUUACUUAAAUUUUCCAGACCAUUGCCCAAUAAUUCCCAAAUUAUGCCAGGGAAUAUAAACUUAUGAGCACAACUGUAUAUUUAUAUAACAUCUCUAUAACACCUACACAACCCUGAUUGAAUGACUGACAAGAAGUUCUUGGCUGUUUGCAGCCAAAUACACAACCUAAUGAAAAAUAUUUUUCGCUAAGGGAUCAAUCAUUCUCAUGGCCCUUAGAUCCAGAAAUAUUCAACCUCAUAGAAAAUUUUAUUUUAAUGAUAAAACCAAUGAAGAAAACAUGAUUUAACAACUGAAAAGGGUAAUGUGAUUGCCACGCCAUAGCAGCUGCAGAAUAGCAAACAUAGUUGCAUGUCAAACUGCAAGUUGGUGGCAAUUGUGGUUUGCAUGUUGCCUGUAUCUUUUUUCUUUUUUAAUCUUAAUUUUAUUUAAAUUUAAUUUACAGAAACACAUGCAGAAGACUAAUUAUUGACACUAUGUGAAGGAUAUCAAAAAUAAAUAACGGCAAACUUACAACAAUAUUUACAAAGAAAGAACCUAAGUUUUGGAAGUACACAUAUUUCUAAUGACAUUUCUUUCAAAUUAUGUAUUAAAUAAAAUGCUCACUUAUUUAUAUCUUCUUUAAUACAAAGAGCAUUAAACUUUGAUCAGCUCAUUAAAAUGUUCUGUUUUUUGAAGAAUGUAUAUAAUUUUAUAAAAACAAAUCAUACAAUACUGUACAUUUCAUACCAUGUUGACGGUAAACUUUGUGUUUCUUAUAUAUUAAGAUGUGCAUUUAUUGUAUAUUGUCUGGAAGCAUUAUAACAUCUUUUUAUUUCUUUUGAAUUUUCCAUUGCUGUCUCCUGCAUUCCCUAAUUUAAACUGAUUACACUACCAAUGUUCCUUAAGAAAUCAGAAUCAUCACCAUCUUUCUCUACCCUGCAUUGUUUUCAUCAGUUGUCAUCACUGACCACAACUAUGUAGCUGGGAGUUUACGUUUACCACCAGUUUGUAUACAUGUCAUUAGUAUUACUGUAUGCACUCUUCUCUGUUUUACAGUUUGUAAAAGCUACUAAGCACUAAAAGGUUUCUUGCUUUUUACUAUGCUAAUACCUCUGUGCCAAGUUGCAGUCUGACUGAUUCAUGUAUUGUGCCCACAGACAAACAGACAUCACUCCAAAGAUGAUCAAAUCAUGUUCAGACAUUUCUAAAAUGUGUCAAUCCAUUUAAAACUCAAAAUCAAGAUUUUGAUUCCAUCAAAACAGUAACUCUAUUAAGAAAUAUACAGUAACUUGUUUCAAUAUGUCUAUGCGAUAUGUCAGACAGGUACAGUAGGUGUUCCUGACCCACACAUUAUGAAGGAUUUUCAUAAAGACUGUAACAGAAGAGCUUCAAAGGUGCAGUUCAGACCCAAAAGGAAUUCCUUAUUGUUAAGGUGGCCAAAAGAGAAGCAAGAAACAGAAAACUAGCAGAGGUGACAGCAUUAAGAAUUGGCAGAAGGAAAAGUAUGCAUGACUUCAAAACUAAAGAAGUCCGUGUUACAAAUUGUCAGUCAUUCUUGACUGACACAGAUAGUCACAAUUUUUCAACUAUGUUGCAAAAAAAAUCCAAACGUCAUAUGGUGUAUUUAUAUUUUAUAUGUUAUCUUACAGGGCGGCACGGUGGCGCAGUG